CAAAUCCGGUUCUGCAGGACCCGAAGGGGUAGAGGAGGGCACAGCUGGGGUCAGGGGCUGCUUAUGGGUUGUGUGGGAACUUUGAAAGUCGAGGUAGGAAUUCUGAUACAGCGCUGUAAAAAAGUCUAUGAAUCGUGUUUUCUUCAACUCAUCAGACAGCUGUUGUGGGCGGACCACUUUUAGCCAGCAAUCUACAGAGAGGCAGGGCCUCCAAGACCUUAGAUACACAUGAGAAUAGGAGUGCCAUCCAAACAGAUAAGAAUGCAGCCACACCAAGUAGACCAGGACUCGACCGCGGGAAGCCACGGGGGGGGGGGGACUUCGCACCCACCCUGGGCUUUUCACCAGCAUGCACUGGGUGCUGGUAAGAAAGGCUGAGGGCAGAGCAGGAAGUCUAAAAGCUUUCCUGUAAGCCUACCUGGGGAAGGCUGUGGUUGCUGUAAAUUUAUCUACCUGGAUCUCCAAGGGAACAAAAGUUUCAGACAACUUGGGUAGGGCAGGAAAGUAUGCUCUAGGGCAAGUGAAGAUUCUUGCAUCCAGUGAAGGGAAGGUGCAGGAGGCACAUGAAUCUUUCCUUAAAUAGUAUCUGAGAGGCCAAUAAAUCUCACAUAAUAAAUCUCUAAGCACAAGUAAUGCUAGAGAAAUUUGAAGCCUGUACAGAAGGACAACCAGGAAAGCCAAACCUACCUCAGUUACUCACUGGAUUAAGUCAACCUCAAACAGCACAGGCCUGGCAUACAUGCCCACUCUGGGCCCUAAAUACUGUUUUUUCCUCUGCCACCUUAGAGACAAUUCCCACUUAUAACCCAGAUUGAGACACAAGCAAGAAGAAGGAGACCUCCUUGCUGCCAAGGAGCAAAAUAAUCAAUAGGAGCAGAACCAGACAUUGCUCGGAUGUUAGAACUAUCAGAUGGGAGGUUUUAAAAAAGCAUCGCGGACGUCUUAAUCGUGCCAGUGGAAAAGAUCCAUAACAUGCAUACACAGAUGGGGAUUUCAGCAGAGGAGGAGUUAACAGUAGAGAGGAGGAAUACCUUCAAGGGGCCUAUGGGUUGGUGUGAAUUGCCCGUGAACUUGAAGGAAGUCUAUAGAAAUGAUCCAAAUCGGGGCUGGUGAGGUCGAUGGCUCAGCAGAAAAAGGUGCCUUGCCGCCAAGCCUGACCUGAAUUUAAUCUCCAGGUCCCACAUGGUGAAAGAUGGCAUCCGAGGCAGAGCCCCGCCCCCUGGGCAUGUUUGAGUGCCAGCUCUGUGCCUUGACAGCUCCUUAUAGCUACGUGGGGCAGAAGCCCCCAGACACCCAAGCUGUUGUCCUCCUGGAGGAGAGCUACAUCAUGAAGGAUCCCUUCUCCUCAGACAAGGCCAGGUUUCUGGUCCUCGGCGCGCGGUGCAGUGUGUGCGGCAGGCUGGUGUGUGUGGGCCCGGACUGCAGCCUGUUCUACUCCAAGAGGGUCUGCCUCCCCUGCGUUCAGGAGAAUAUCAGUGCUUUCCCUCAGGAAAUCCGGCAGGAUGUGGAGAAGAGAAAGGGCGCUUCCAAGAGACCUUCCAGCCAUCCCUGACUGGCAGGCACACAGCCUCCUGUGCAUGGUUGUAUUGGCUCGGCCAAGGUUCCGCCUGGGAGCUGUGUAGCUGGCCUUCUCUGAACUGUGGAGUACCUGCAGCCCUGGGAACCGAGGAGCCGGCCAAGACUGAGGACAGACAGCAAGAGUGGAUCCAGCUGCAGCUCCAGGGCUGGCCUCUGGUGGGGGUCAGGAGUGAGGGAGAGGGAGCCUCCUUCAGCGGACAGUUGGUAGACACUUCCUGUAGCUGUACCUGUGGAGACACCUCACUUCUCUCCAGGACUUCCAAGUAACAUGAUGUCAUCUGCCUGUAGGAAAUGAGCCUCUGAGGGCCAGUGGCAAGGCCUGAGGAUGUGCAAGGGUUACGUCACAUCCUGUGCAAUGCCUGGGGAAUGAUUUAAACCUUGACCUUGUAGCAUGUUUAUAAUUAAAAACCUGAAGAAUAA